AUGUCUCAAUCUGAACCCAAAAAGUUUGAUCGAAUUACGGUCUUGACAAACCCGUCUCUCAAGGAGGUUUACGACAAACUCACCGACCUGGCCAAAGAGUUUGCAGUACUGGGCGAGAUCGAAACCACCAGGGAGCUGAUAUCACUGCUCCUGCGGGACACUACUUCCGAUUGGCAGCGCUGGCAGAUCAAGUGUUUUGAACCAUUCUUCGCAGUAGCCAACCGAUGGCCCGACGAGAUCCUCGAGGAAGAUAGAAGCGAGAAAACAUCUACCAAGACUACGAGUGAACACUCGUCGACGGACGAGAAUACGAGCGAGGAAACAAACGAUGAGCAGCUAUUCCAAGAAAAAAUAAGACAGGCGAGGGAUGACAGCGUUCCCUUCGGAGAUGGAAAGCGAAGCGCUGCGGCUGUUGAUGCUCUUUGCACCGCCUUGAAGUUGGCGUUGAAGCAGAGCGAUGAUAUGCAGACGAUUAAAGAUGAACUGAAAGUUCAAGAAGCCCUUGAAAUCAUCGGAAAGAACCUCCAUAAAAGUCGGAUGCUUUCGCUGCUUGCAGACCGUCGUGAAUUAUGUGAGCUGUUGUCUAUUGGGGAGUUGGCACGGAAAGUCCCCAUUGACAAAAGCAAACUGGAGGCUACCACGAAAAAAAUCAUUGAGACAUUCUACGAGCGCCUCAACCAUGGUCGGCAGAAACAUGAGAUAGAAUACAAGCCGCUGAAGGAAGUUCUUCUUGAGUUGGAGCGUCAUACUAAAACCAAUGCUGUGGACCAUUGGGAGGAAAUGGAGGAGCCAGUUCCCGAAACACUCUUCGUAUUGCCACCAGCCACCGAUGAACAGAUCUUGUCUCUCGAGAAAAAACUCGAUGUUACUUUACCGGACGACUAUAAGGAGUUCCUAAAAAUCAGCAAUGGCUUUGGACAAACUUGGAACGGCUACCAUCUUGACAACGCCCUGUACGGAGUUGACGAAAUCGACUGGGCCGACGAGGAUUUAGAAGUCCCCUUCGUUGAGUUCCACGACAGCAUCUCAGGUGUUACAGAGCUCAGAAUCACCGAAACGUCUAGACCUGAAUGGCCAAGCUCAGGACCAACCCUUGAAAUCGGAUCUUAUGAUGUACUCUCCACUCUUAUGAUUCCUCCCAAGGGGACAAAGGUGAUUCUAGACGCAUACCAAGAAGCGCUAGAUGACCCCAAGAUCCCAGACGACCCAAAAAAGCAAGUUCUCAAGAGUAUCGAAGGUAGGCAUGGGAGUUUGGAGGAGAUGAUGAAGCUUGAGUGGGCGACUAUCGAACAACAAGAUUCCGACACGCUUCCAUGCGGCACAUUCAGACAGUGUCUGGAAGAGCGAUUGCGGAGGGCCAAGAGUGGACCAUACUGUUAUGAACUGGAGGGAGAGUUGGGGGGUAUUGCUUACCACUGCAGGGCUGAUGGUUCUUGA